GUGAAAGUACAGAGAUUGAGCAAUGACUGAGGAAAAGACAGACAGACAGAGGUCAAAAGGUAGAGAAGGGAAUGACAGAAACCCAGUCGGAAGGAGGUACUAAAGAACAAAGUUAUCCCCUGAUUUAAACUAAUUCAAGACCGUAUCAACCUGAAAGUCAAAGGACUACAGAGGAUUCCUGAACUGACAGACCGACAAACAAAGGAGUGGACAGACAGACAGACAGAGGUGAUAGGCUAGUACAGUUGGAGUCUGAAAAAGCUUUGGGUCAAGAUGGGAGCUCGUAUCAGACGUUACUCUGACGUCAUGCCCCUCCCAGACUCCUUCAUCCAGAAGCAGCAGCUGGACGCCAGCAUGGCCGACACCUUCCUGGAACACCUGUGUCUGCUGGACAUCGACCAGGAGCCAAUCACAGCCCGCAACACAAGCAUCAUCUGCACCAUCGGGCCUGCGUCUCGCUCCAUCCCCAAACUGCAGGAGAUGGUGAAGGCAGGAAUGAACAUCGCUCGACUCAACUUCUCUCAUGGCUCUCAUGAGUACCAUGGUGAGACAAUCAAGAACAUCCGGGAGGCGGUCGAGACCAUAACCACUGACCCUUUAUAUUACAGGCCGGUAGCCAUCGCCCUGGAUACCAAAGGCCCUGAAAUACGCACAGGCCUGGUUCGAGGGACUGCAGAGCAGGAGGUGGAGCUGGAGCGUGGGGCCAGUGUGCGUGUGGUGACAGGGGAGGGGGACAGGGACAGUACGGAUGGGAAUGUCAUCUGGGUGGACUACCCCAGUCUGCCUCAGGUCCUGGAGAAAGGAGGAAGGAUCUACAUCGACGACGGACUCAUCGGACUAAAAGUCCUGGAGACAGGUCCAGACUGGGUGGAGGCACUGGUAGAGAGUGGCGGUGUUCUGGGCAGCCRYAAGGGGGUCAACCUGCCGGGGUGUGACCUGGUGGACAUGCCCGCUGUGAGUGAGCGUGAUGAGGGGGACCUGAGGUUCGGCGUGGCCCAGGGGGUGGACAUGGUGUUCGCCAGCUUCAUCCGCUGUGGCCAGGAUGUCAGGGAGGUCCGACGGGCCCUGGGGCCCUUCGGAAAGGGCAUCAAGGUGGUCAGCAAGGUGGAGAAUCGCCAGGGAGUACAUAAUUUCUUGGAGAUCCUGGCGGAGAGUGAUGGGGUGAUGGUUGCCAGGGGCGACCUGGGCAUAGAGAUCCCUGCAGAGAAAGUCUUCAUCGCUCAGAAGAUGAUGAUCGGACGUUGCAACUCCGCUGGCAAGCCUGUUAUCUGUGCAACACAGAUGUUGGAGAGCAUGGUAGCCCACCCCAGGCCUACGCGUGCGGAGAGCAGUGACGUAGCUAACGCAGUGUUGGAUGGAGCCGACUGUGUGAUGCUCUCUGGGGAGACGGCUAAAGGACUGUUCCCUGUCGAGUCUGUGGCCAUGAUGCACUCGAUCUGCAGGGAGGCGGAGGCAGCCAUCUUCCAACAGCAGUUGUUUGAGGMGCUUCGCCGUCUGACCCCUCUGUCCAAUGACCCUACUGAGGUCACUGCUAUAGGGGCUGUAGAAUCCUCCUUCAAAUGCUGUGCUGGAGCUGUCAUAGUACUCACUACUACUGGCAGGUCAGCCCAGCUCCUGUCCCGGUAUCGCCCACGCUGUCCCAUCGUCGCGGUAACAAGAAGUCCUCAGGUGGCACGUCAGGCCCAGCUGCUGAGGGGUGUGUUCCCAGUGCUGUUCCACCCCCUCCCUGCCCCCGUCUGGGCCGACGAUGUAGACAACAGA